GGGCGCCGACGCCAGGCGCUGGCCGUGGUGCUGAUUCUGUCAGGCGCUGGCGGCGGCGGCGGCGGCGGCGGCCCCGCUGCUCUCCCCGGGACCCGCUCUGUGCCCCCCGCGCCCACGCCUCUCCCAGUCCCUAAUCCCCCUACCGCGGCCCCGACCCGGGGCGCGGCCACAAGCAGCACCAUGCGCCCAGCAGCCCUGCUGCUCCUGCCCUCGCUGCUGGCGCUCCUGGCUCACGGACUCUCCUCAGAGGCUCCAGUCACGGGGGAAGGUCAAGCCACGGGCAUCAGGGAGAUGGAUGGGGAGGAGACCGCAGCCCCUACACCUGAGCAGUCAGACCGAGGCGUCCACUUCGUCACCACAGCCCCUACCCUCAAGCUGCUCAACCACCACCCACUUCUGGAGGAAUUUCUUCAAGAGGGGCUAGAAAGGAACGAGGAAGCGCCGAGGCCAGCACUGCCCUUCCAACCAGACUCACCUACACCCUUUACUCCAAGCCCCCUUCCCCGCCUCGCCAACCAGGACAACCGUCCCGUCUUUACCAGUCCGACUCCAGCCCUGGCUGCGGCACCAACCCAGCCCCACUCCAGGGAGAAACCUUGGAACCUAGAGUCCGAGCCCCCUGAGGUUUAUAUCACAUCUCCCCUUCCUCCAGGGCCAAGUAUGGCAGUGCCCACGCUGCACCCAGAGGACAGACCCAGUACUACACCCCCCAGCCAAGCAUGGACUCCAACCCAGGAGGGUCCUGGAGACAUGGGCAGACCUUGGGUUUCAGAGGUCAUGUCUAAGACCAUAGGGCUUGGUAUCGAGGGGACCAUUGCCACCUCCACAGCUUCAGGGGAUGACGAAGAGACCACCACCACCAUCACUACCACUACCGUCACCACAGUUCAGCCAUCAGGCCCCUGUAGCUGGAAUUUCUCAGGCCCAGAGGGCUCUCUGGAUUCCCCCACGGCCCCCAGCUCACCCUCUGAUGUUGGCCUGGACUGUUUCUACUAUAUCUCUGUCUACCCUGGAUAUGGAGUAGAGAUCAAGGUGGAGAACAUCAGCCUUCAGGAAGGGGAGACCAUAACCGUGGAGGGCCUGGGGGGACCCGAUCCACUGCCCUUGGCUAACCAGUCUUUCCUGCUGAGGGGCCAAGUCAUCCGCAGCCCCACCCACCAAGCAGCCCUGAGGUUCCAAAGCCUUCCACUACCCGCUGGGCCUGGCUCUUUCCAUUUCCACUACCAAGCCUAUCUCCUAAGCUGCCACUUUCCCCAACGUCCAGCUUAUGGAGAUGUGACUGUCACCAGUCUCCACCCAGGAGGCAGUGCCCGCUUCCACUGUGCCACUGGCUACCAGCUGAAGGGUGCCAGAUUCCUCACCUGUCUCAAUGCCACCCAGCCCUUUUGGGAUUCCCAAGAGCCUGUCUGCAUUGCUGCUUGUGGCGGAGUGAUCCGGAACGCCACCACUGGCCGCAUUGUCUCUCCUGGCUUCCCCGGGAACUACAGCAACAACCUCACCUGCCACUGGUUGCUAGAGGCUCCUGAGAGCCAGCGGCUGCACCUGCACUUUGAAAAGGUCUCCCUGGCAGAAGAUGACGACAGGCUCAUUAUCCGCAAUGGAGAUAAUGUGGAGGCCCCGCCAGUGUACGAUUCCUAUGAGGUGGAAUACCUGCCCAUUGAGGGCCUGCUCAGCUCUGGCAGACACUUCUUCGUGGAGUUCACCACUGACAGCAGUGGGGCAGCUGCAGGCAUGGCCCUGCGCUACGAGGCCUUCCAGCAAGGACAUUGCUAUGAGCCCUUUGUCAAAUACGGUAACUUCAGCAGCAGUGCACCGUCCUAUCCUGUGGGUACCACUGUGGAGUUCAGCUGUGACCCUGGCUACACCCUGGAGCAGGGCUCCAUCAUCAUUGAAUGUGUCGACCUCCACGACCCCCAGUGGAAUGAGACAGAGCCAGCCUGCCGAGCCGUGUGCAGCGGGGAGAUCACAGACUCUGCAGGCGUGGUGCUCUCUCCAAACUGGCCGGAGCCUUAUGGCCGAGGGCAGGACUGCAUCUGGGGUGUGCAUGUGGAGGAAGACAAGCGCAUCAUGCUGGACAUCCGAGUGCUGCGCAUAGGCUCUGGGGAUGUACUGACCUUCUACGAUGGGGAUGACCUGACAGCCCGGGUCCUGGGCCAAUACUCAGGGCCCCGUGGCCACUUCAAGCUCUUUACCUCCAUGGCCGAUGUCACCAUCCAGUUCCAGUCAGACCCUGGGACCUCGGCGCUGGGCUACCAGCAAGGAUUUGUCAUCCACUUCUUUGAGGUGCCCCGCAAUGACACAUGUCCAGAGCUACCUGAGAUCCCCAAUGGCUGGAAGAACCCAUCACAGCCUGAACUGGUGCAUGGCACAGUGGUCACCUAUCAGUGCUACCCUGGUUACCAGGUGGUGGGAUCCAGUAUUCUCAUGUGCCAGUGGGACCUAAGCUGGAGCGAGGACCUGCCUUCAUGCCAGAGAGUGACAUCCUGCCAUGACCCAGGGGAUGUGGAGCACAGCCGACGCCUCAUAUCCAGUCCCAAGUUUCCUGUGGGAGCAACUGUGCAGUAUAUCUGUGACCAGGGUUUUGUGCUGACGGGUAGUGCUAUCCUCACCUGCCAUGAUCGUCAAGCGGGCAAUCCCAAGUGGAGUGACAGGGCCCCCAAGUGUCUCUUGGAACAGUUUAAGCCAUGCCAUGGCCUCGGUGCCCCUGAGAAUGGUGCCCGCAGCCCUGAGAAGCGGCUCCACCCAGCAGGGGCCACCAUCCACUUCUCCUGUGCUCCUGGUUAUGUGCUGAAGGGCCAGGCCAGCAUCAAAUGCGUGCCUGGACACCCCUCACAUUGGAGUGACCCCCCACCUAUCUGUAGAGCUGCCUCUCUGGAUGGGUUCUACAACGGCCGUAGCCUGGAUGUUGCCAAGGCACCUGCCACCUCCAGUGCCCUGGAUGCUGCCCACAUGGCAGCUGCCAUCUUCCUACCAUUGGUGGCCAUGGUGUUGCUGGUGGGAGGAGUGUACCUCUAUUUCUCCAGACUCCAGGGGAAAAGUUCUCUGCAACUUCCCCGAACUCAUCCUCGCCCCUAUAACCGCAUCACGGUAGAGUCAGCAUUUGACAAUCCAACUUAUGAGACUGGAUCUCUUUCCUUUGCAGGAGACGAGAGAAUAUGAAGUUUCCAUCUAGGUGGGAGCAGCCUGGGGUAG